UGCCACUGAACAUCCCCACACCCAAUCCCCCCUUUCCUGACAACCACAGCAUAGCUACAGUACCUUAAUACACAUGUGCACAUGUUCAACAUAAAAUAUUUCUUGUCUAUGUCUGUAAUUCUGGUGUUUACAAAGCUAAGCAUUUCAAGUGAGGAGGAAGGAAAUGAAAGGAAAUAUGAAAACUGUGCAGAAUUGAUUACAACAGCCAAUAUUUGGUUUUGCAUUGCGAUAUUAAUCACAGUGAAAAUGUCCCCUACAGCUAGCAUACAUUACGGUGCAAGCUGCUUUACAGAUAAUGACUCUCUAAAGGAUAUUUAUUACUAAUAUAAUAUGUUAAUAUUAUAAUUAUAUUUUAUUAGCAGUCCUAUACUGUUAGAACGUGUGAGGCUAAAGGUUAUCUCUAGAUGAUGAUACGGAGCUAUCUAUGAAGCACAUUGAAGAUGGUGAAUGGAAAAAUUAAAUACUUUCAACUCUGACGCCAUUUGAGCCCAUCUCUUGUAAAUCAGUAUAUUGUAAAUGAGUGUGAACAAUUUACAGUUAUCUAUCAAAGCAAUCAAACCAACUGCCUAAUAUGUAUUGUGUAAAUUUUCCUUCUUUUUCUGAAACAGUUCUCAAUCAAUUGGACAUGGACACAGGGUUGUGGGUUUACAGUGGUUUUUGGGACUUAGGGACAGAUCAGAUUCUUUGGGCUCUUUAGGUUGCAAGGUGAUGCCCCUGUAAAUCCAUCUUGUUCAGAAACUUCCAGACUAAGUUGGGAUCUGGGAGGUUUGGAGGCUGGAUCAAUUCCUCAAGUCGCUUCAGAGCUAUUUUUGUAGUGUGAUGGCACAUUUUCCAGCUGGGGGAGGCUGCUCCUGUCUGGGAGUGCUUUUAUCAUGGUGGGUGUGCUUAGUGUGCACAAAUGUUCUAGUGGGUGGUACGUGUCAAACUCACUAAUAUCCAUGUGAAUUACGGUAUCCAAGCUUUUAUAGCAGACCAUUGUAAUGUAACAAGAUUAGAAUUGUUUCACUCCACCUCUCAGUAAAUAUAUAUUUAGUGAUUCAGGGCCCACAAAAUCCCUGAAAUAUAUUUCAUUAGAGCGACUUACUAUGCACUCUUGAUCAGUGCACUAUCAUCCAAUUUCUAACCUUUUUUGUUUAUUUGCACUCUUGACCUUGAUGAUUUGUUCGUUUCACCUAAUUGGUGUUAGGCAUUUAACUUAUCUAAAUAAGCUGUAGUACCUAAAGGUGUCAUUUUACAAUAUGCCAUAUUGUUUGUACAUAACAGUACAAGUCAGUUUUAGUGUGUUGAUUCUAAAUUUAACUAUAACUUAAGCAGAAAAAAGAGACAAUUACUGGCCCCAUUGUAAUAAUAGUUAUUUUAUUGAACUAUGGGGUCAUGUCUGUUAUAAUAGUAUAGACAUACUCCAUCUUAUUACAUUAUGGAUUUAAGUUUAGAUUAGAGCUUAAGUGUUUCUCUACUACUCUAUACCAAAUUUAAGAUUACUCAUGUAGGUUUUUCCCUUAAGGGUGCAUUGAUUGCUCUAUAGCCUGGCCACUUGCUCCAUCUAGUGUUAAGAAAGCGCAUAUGGUCAGUCAGGGUACACUGCCCCCAUCACUCAGGUUGUAGUUGUAGUCACUCUGCUUUCAGUUUAAGGCCGUUUGCGAUCAAGUCACUAUACACUGUAUUUUUCUGUACUUUGGCUCAUAUUAAAUGGUAUAAUCAAACCAAUAGACCAUGAUUCGUGGUUUGCACUGAGAGAAAUGCAUACUGCAAUACUGAAUAACAAUCCCAUCUUAUAUUUGGUCAGCCUCAGUAUUACUGGGCAUUUUGAGAAAGGAACAGUUUCAAGGAACUGAGUGCAAAAACGGACAAAAAUAUACUCUGUCUAAUGUGUACUGUUGUCUCUGUUGAAUGCUUAUCGAUAUUUUUCCGUCGAAAGUGGACAGGCCUGUAUAACAGGUUUAGUCAAUGCAUUAUCGGAUCAUUUUACAUAAUUUUUUGUAAUAUGAGAACAGUCUGCACUGCCUCAAGAAGGAAGUACAAGCUUAGCCUGCGUUUUUUUGUUCAUUUGUCUUCAAUCUGCUCCCCCCUCGUCCGACUUCCCUCCGAGCGGAGCAAUACAUUGAAUACACGUAUGCGUUUGGCGCUCAAAAAAGACCUCUAAAUUAAUCUUUAAUGAGCUUUUUCGAAGCCAUAAUAGCCUGUCGCUAAUGUCCUAUAACGAUCUUCCUGUUGAUGGCCACGCCUCGAUGCUUUCUCUUCCACUACGCCUCUGACAGUUGUCUGACAAUGGUUUGAACUUUGCUGAAUAUAUCGUCUACUCGCCUUCACUUCACCACCCAAGGACUGCAAGUAUCCAAGUCACUGCUUUGGCUACGCUGUUGACAAAAUAUGACUUUUCCCUUGAGAAAAUCUGUUUCAGAGCCCCAGCUGAAGGGGAUUGUGACGAAACUCUACAGUCGACAAGGUUUCCACCUGCAGCUGCAGGCAGAUGGAACCAUUGAUGGAACAAAGGAGGAGGACAAUGGUUACACCAUGUUCAACCUUAUUCCAGUGGGGCUACGAGUUGUGGCCAUCCAGGGGGUGCAGACCAAACUCUAUCUGGCUAUGAACAGUGAGGGCUACCUGUACACAUCGGAACACUUUACACCGGAGUGCAAAUUCAAGGAGUCAGUGUUCGAGAACUAUUAUGUGACAUACUCCUCCAUGAUAUACCGGCAGCAGCAGUCGGGCAGGGGCUGGUACCUCGGUCUGAACAAGGAAGGAGAAAUCAUGAAGGGGAAUCAUGUCAAGAAGAACAAGCCAGCAGCCCACUUUCUUCCCAAACCUCUAAAAGUUGCAAUGUACAGAGAGCCAUCUCUCCAUGACUUGACAGAGUUCUCCCGCUCUGGCAGCGGCACACCCACCAAGAGUCGGAGUGCCUCAGCAGUCCUCAACGGAGGGAAAGCUGUGAGCCAGAACGAAUCAACGUAGCCUGGUAGCCCAACCCAGGCCUGGGGCCGAACCGUGAAACCUUACCUCUAGCAGAGCAUGAAUCCAAGCAGACUUGUUUCUCCGAUCAGCGGUUCAGGACUAGCUAGGACAACAAAUCACACAUAAACAACCAGACACCGUCAAUCAAAAGCACCUAUCAUCCUGGUCAGUCAUCAUCAAAACAGUAUCAACAGUAAGAAACUUAACAGCACAUAGAUCAUUCUGGACUUAAGGAACUGAUUAAAACUUUAUUUUUGGGCUUGAGGUUUAUUGAUGACCUUAGACACUCUAUUUUUGUGAUGAUUGCAUACCAGUUAGCUCAUUUUUAUCUUAUUUUGGUAAUUAAUUUACUGUGCACAGUAAGUUUUCUUCAUGCAGACACCAAGCCCGCGUGCAUCUGUUAGACAGGGACGGGAAGUUAGACAUGCAGGUGUUCAGGGCAGUCAGUAAUGGUGCUGGUCUACAAGGUUGCAGUGGUACCGUAUAAGCCCUGAUCUCUGUCUCAUCCAUGCUUCUGUGAAUACAAAGCCUAUAAACUCCCUGGUAUGGUACAGCCUAGUGCUACUGAGACUGUGGCCAGCCAGAUGGUAGCUCUCCUGCGUCCUAGUGCACACGCUCAGAGACUGAGCUCUCUAGCAUGGGAAAAUGAAGCCUAUGUACAACUGACCUGAGAUAUAAGGGGCAGUGUGGCUCUCUUGCAGUUUUACCUUUUCCUUCAUUUUAUUUUUUUAAAAUUUGGAGAUGCCACAGCUGCACCUUAGUUUUUGCUAAUUUUCUGAAUUAGCUGUGAGAUUUUGUUUAAUAACUGAUUAUGUUCCUUCUUGUUCUCUUCCCUUGCCAUUGUUAAGCAUUUGCAUCUUUGUUCAUAAAUGAAAAAUGGUUCCAGCAAACCAAAGACAGAAAAAGAGUGUCCCUUUAAGCCGCUGAAAGCCAAGUCAGUAUAAAAGCAAACCUGGAUCUUUUUGUUUUUUAUUGUACAUUUUUGAUGAGAGAAAGCAAAGGUUUGUGAAAAAAGAAAAACAUGCAAAGGAAGUGAUUUUAACCACUUUGGAGUUGGCAGCGUGCUUGACGUGCUUUUUGAUGAUACACUCGAUGACUGAGGUAUGAAACGACUAUCCUGUGUCCCCAUUCCCUUCUGUUACCACAGUGUCACAAUGUCUCUAGCUCUUGUCCUCGUAAUCGGUUCCUCCCUUUGUGCUUGUGUCAUACUUCGAAACCCCAGCCAUCCUUUUUUGUCGACUUCUAUUGACUGAUACACUUCACCAUAGGAUGGUGAAUGGCCCUUCCCAGGAUGCUUGUUAUGUGUUUGAGUAACUUAUUGUGGUGACAAUAUUUUCUAUAUUAAAAAAAAAAUACUGUGGACUUUUAGGUGGCUUAACAUUUUAUAGGACACGUCAUAUUUGUAAAAGUGAAAAAAAAGAUAAAGAUAAAGUCAUACAAAAAUUAACAUCUUCCCUUUCUUGCACUGGGCAUGUACAAACACAUAUGUACAAAAAGGACCCUUUGUGGGCUAUGUACGCUUCCCUUCAGCUACAUAACUUCCUUCUGGUACAUGCUUCUGGGAGACUUUCUUUUCUUGGUUUCCUCUGGAGGUGGUCUGUAUUAGGUGAACCUAUCUGUUGCAUGGGAGAAGGCAGGGAAAUUCUGGUCUAGAGCUGCAUGAUGUAGGCUAUGUGUAUUAACCCAUGUUGGAUCAUGUGUUCCAAACUACCAGACAGAUACUCUGAUAAAACAACAUAUACAGGCAGACAUUGUGGCUGUCUGAUAACUUCCAGUUGUUUAUUAUUUGUUGUAUACACAAAAAUGCACUGAAUAAAAUGUUUAUAUUAAGAUAUACUUUUAAAA